AUGCUAGACGGGAUAAGUCGUUCCCAUUUAGCACAGCUACCAUUACCAAUUGAAGCUUCUCAACCCAUCUCUCCUGAUACGAAAAAGACUACAUUUGGAUGGGGAAGUACGGAUCCAACCAAGUACGAUGCCAUUGCUGAAGAGCUGCACAGCGUCGAUCUUCCGGUAUGGGAUACCGAAGCCUGCCAAAAAGCAUUGGGCUUUGACUUUAUAGACGAUCGAUUCAUUUGCGCUGGAGGUGAAGCAAAGAUGGUGUGUACAACACUUUUACUAGUGUUGCCGAAGAUCCACGCGCUUUAUUUAUUCUUCCUCGACUUUCUGAUAAUGUUAGUAAAAGAGGCGCUUGAAUAUUUGGGAUGGCACGAAUGUAAUCGAAAACGAUCCGUAUAA